AUGUCCCCUGUAUCGGCAGGCGGACUCUCAACCACUGCGCCACCAGGGAGGCCCUGAACAUUUCUUUUAUACUAGGCACCAUACUAAGCCCUUUAUGUUUAUAAUCUUAUGCAAUGCUAGAACAAUGUUUCAGGUGGGUAUUAGUGUGUUUACUUUAUAGACGGACAAACUGAGGCUCAGAGAGGUUAAGUAACUUGUCUAAAGCCACAUAACAAACUAGGAUGUUUUAGAGGUGGGAGCUGAACCCAGUUAUCACUCCAAAAUUUUCUGUGUGUUCAUCCCCAUUCCCAGAUUUUAUUAUGAACUUGGGUUACGUCCCAUCCUUUGUGUUUGUAAUUAUGUAUGUAAUUAUGUAUAUAAUUAUGUUUGUACGUGUCAGCAUAGGAGUGGGAGCUGGACGAGGCAGAGGACGACAUCCACGUCUGGGGCGUAUAAGAUGAAGGAGGAGCCGAAGCCAUCUCCACAAGUCGCAGGUGGCUGGCUCAUCCAGGCACCCGCGGUAGAUGUGAGGCUACAGAAAAGUGGGUGAGACAAAGAAAGCGCCCGACACUUAAAAAAUCGAAGAGCCCUCGUUUCUCAUUUGCGUAGAUCCUGGAGCCUCGCGGCCGUCCGGUGUCAGGGGGCGAAGACACAGGGUGGGGCCCCUUUGCUCCGUUUCCAGGAGCAACUAACUGCCAAGGGAAGGGGCGCAGCGGGCGGCCGGCUGCGAAGGAGGACGCUCCCUCCCACCGGCCCGCACCGCCCACACAGCCUCUUGUUUUGGAGGCCCGCGUGGUCCCCAGUCAUUGGCCGCCUUGCAGUCCGAAGCCCCGGGGAGGCGGAGCGGUCUCCGCAGUUGUAGUUCCCGGGUUCCCCUGCCGCCGGCCCCGCCUUCCGGCCUGAGGCGCCCUCCCGGCCGCGCGGGACCACAACUCCCAAAAGGCCUCGCGGUCGGAGGGGGCGGGGCCGGCGCAGGGGAGGCCGGGGGCGGGGCCGCCUGGGGGAUGAAGUCGGGGGCACUCGACUCACCAGCCUCGCUCGCAGCUGCCGGGCGCCAGGCAGAGCGUCCCCUACCUCCCGACGGGCGUGCAAACCUCUGACCCUGGAGUCUCUCGGCCGCCGGGAGUCGUCCCCUUGGGUCGUCGCCCGGGCCGCCCGCCGUUCUCCGGCCCCGAGGGGCCCGGCCGGCCGCGGCGAGGGGAGAGGUCAGCAUGAGCCGGGGGGUCGGGCGGGCCGGCGCAGGGCAGGGGGCGGCGGCCGCGUUGCAGCUGCUGGUCACCCUGAGCUUCCUCCCGAGCGUCGUCGAGGCCCAGGUCACCGGUGUCCUGGAUGACUGCUUGUGUGAUGUUGAUAGCAUCGAUAACUUCAACACCUUCAAAAUCUUCCCCAAAAUAAAAAAGCUGCAAGAACGAGACUAUUUCCGUUAUUACAAGGUCAACCUGAAGCGACCGUGUCCUUUCUGGGCAGAAGAUGGCCAUUGUUCAAUAAAAGACUGUCAUGUAGAGCCUUGUCCAGAGAGUAAAAUUCCAGUUGGAAUUAAAGCUGGGAGUUCUAAUAAGUACUUGAAAGUGGCAAACAAUACCAAAGAAUUAGAAGAUUGUGAACAAGCUAGUAAACUGGGAGCAAUUAACAGCACAUUAAGUAAUCAAAGCAGAGAAGCUUUCAUUGACUGGGCAAGAUAUGAUGAUUCACAGGAUCACUUUUGUGAACUUGAUGAUGAGAGAUCUCCAGCUGCUCAGUAUGUAGACCUUUUGCUGAAUCCUGAGCGUUACACUGGCUAUAAAGGGCCCUCUGCGUGGAGAGUGUGGAACAGCAUCUACGAAGAAAACUGUUUCAAACCUCGAUCUGUUUAUCGUCCUUUAAAUCCUCUGGCACCCAGCCGAGGAGAAGAUGAUGGAGAAUCGUUCUACACGUGGCUAGAAGGUUUGUGUUUGGAGAAAAGAGUCUUCUAUAAGCUUAUAUCGGGACUUCAUGCUAGUAUCAAUUUACAUCUAUGCGCAAAUUAUCUUUUGGAAGAAACCUGGGGUAAACCUACCUGGGGACCUAACAUGAAAGAAUUUAAACGCCGCUUCGACCCUGUGGAAACCAAGGGAGAAGGCCCAAGAAGGCUAAAGAAUCUGUACUUUUUAUAUUUAAUUGAGCUUCGAGCUUUAUCAAAGGUGGCCCCUUACUUUGAGCGCUCAAUUGUCGAUCUUUACACUGGAAAUGUAAAAGAGGAUGCUGACACAAAAACCCUUCUACUGAAUAUCUUUCAAGAUACAAAGUCCUUUCCCAUGCACUUUGACGAGAAAUCCAUGUUUGCAGGUGACAAAAAGGGGGCCAAAUCGUUAAAGGAGGAAUUCCGGUUGCAUUUCAAGAAUAUCUCCCGUAUAAUGGACUGUGUUGGAUGUGACAAAUGCAGGUUAUGGGGGAAAUUACAGACUCAGGGUUUAGGAACUGCCCUGAAGAUAUUAUUCUCAGAAAAAGAAAUCCAAAAGCUUCCAGAGAACAGCCCAUCUAAAGGCUUCCAACUCACUCGACAAGAGAUAGUUGCUCUUUUAAAUGCUUUUGGAAGGCUUUCUACAAGUAUAAAAGAGUUACAGAAUUUCAAAGUCUUAUUACAACACAGUAGCUUUAUCUAGGUGCCACUGUAUAUAAAAAAGGACAGCUGUUUUGAUCUCCGUCAGCAUUGCCUUCAUCUGGAAAUUUGGGAACAGUUCACAGUAAACCUCUCAGCAGUUUGCAAACGGAAGUACCUGCAGAAACCAUAGCUAUUCACCAAAAUACAGACUGGGUGCAUGGUACCAUGGAAAUUAUUUGGUAAAACAAAACAACAUAGACACACACCAAAUUUACGUGUACUCUAAGUAACAUCUACAGGCGCAGCUUUGAUUUUGAACAGAAUUCCAAAUAAUUUGCUGUUGUACCCACCAGAUUAUAGAAAAUGUGAAUUAAAUGUUUCUGCCAUCUU